AUGACUAAAGAAUCAAAUAAGUCAUACUCAAUUUGCUGUAGAACUCUCUAAAGUUCACCUUCACUGGAUACUGGUAUCGGUAUUAAAAUAGAAGACCGGGAGAAGUUAUUCACUUUAUUCGGAAAACUAGACACUACUGCUUCUAUUAAUACUAGUGGCAUUGGCCUUGGAUUAAGUAUUUGUAGACAAAUAGUUGAGAUGUUUGAGGGGACAAUAGAAUUAGAUUAGAACUAUUAUGACGGGUGCUAAUUUUUAUUUUCAAUUAAGGCUUAGUUCAGGGGCUAGUCACCAUUCUCAUCAAUGAGAUAAUCAAAUGACUCCAACAUUUUUAUUACAAGAAGCAAGCACAUCUCUGCUUUGCCUAACGAAAAAUUUCAAUGA